AUGUCUGUAAUCGAUCCAUCUGUUCCAAUCGACGUCGAUGUCACACGUUCGACAAGUGGAGUAUGGCUUGUAAAAAUGCCAAAAUAUUUAUCACAAAUUCUAAAUGAAUAUUCCGAUGGAAGUAUCAAUGGUGAAAUUGGACGUUUAGUUAGACGGCCGGCAGUCUUAACCGGUAAAGGAUCAACAUCAGCAGCAGCUGGUGCACGAACACAAGAUGUUUUUUUUUGUCUUAACGAUCAAAUUAUGGAUAAGAUUAAAGAAAAAAGUCAAUCCAAAGACGAGCAACUACCACCACGAGAACAUCGAUUUUGUUUAAGCAACAUAUCCGAUGGUGUUCUUCGUACUGUCUAUACUCGCACGGCAACUCCAAAUUCACCGUUGAACGAACAAAUAGCUGUAGUUGGUAAAGUCAUGCAACGCGCCGAAGUUCGUCCAGUUGAAAAUGAACAAUAUAUGUCGAUGAAACGUAAACAAUUCGAAACAUCACAAGAACCAACACGUAAAGCACAAAUGAUAACGAAGAAAACUAAUGUUUAUGCGCCUAAACGUGAUCAUGAAGCUAAUAAACAACGUGAACGAGAGAAAAAACUAAUGGGAAAACGUGUUCGAAGUUCAGAAGAAACAGUACUCAAUCUCAUGUUUGGAGCUUUCGCAAAAAAUCAAUAUAUUUCAAUGUCAGCCCUUGAAACAAUAACACAACAACCGAAAAAUUAUUUACAACAGCUUGUUAAAAAAUAUUGCAAUUACAAUAAUGCGGGACAUAAUUAUGAGUUAAAACCACAAUUUCGAUAUUAUAGCGCACCAAAAGAAGAUGGCGAUGGUGAUGACAUUGAAGAUGAUGAUGAUGACGACGAUGACGAUAAUAAUAAUAAUAAUGCUAAUACAUAA